AUGGGAACUCCUAAAUCGGUUGGUAUUUCGCAAGGUGAAGAGGAGGAGGACUGUCAAAAAUCAAACGAUGGAGAAGCCUUGCGCCUGAUUACAGAACUGGAGCACAGUGUAUCACUGCUUCCAGCAGUAGUUGGAAGCACAAAUGUACAUGCUGAAAUAGCCCUUGCACUUCAACCUCUAAGGAGUGAAAAUGCCCAGCUGCGCAGGCGAUUAAGAAUAUUAAACCAACAGCUCAGAGAUCGAGAGAGAGCUGAAAAGGCUUUAAGAUCUGAUGAUCAGGACCUUGAAUUGACUUCUCUUCAGUCCAUGAAUGAGACCUUACAGCAUCAACUAGAGGAAUCUCACAGAGGACUGGAAUCUCUGCAGAGUAAAAAUGAAGAACUCUUGAAGAUUAUCGAUUCCCAGAAGGAAGAAAAUAGGAAGUUUGCUCGGAGGAUCCAGGAGAAGGAGCAGGAGCUGCUUCAAAUUCAUCAGCAGAAUGAAAUUGCAGCUACUAAAGCUAAGCUAGAUAUAGAUGAAACUUUGGGGAAGAUAAAAAGUGUUGAGUUUAAGUUGGAAGCUUCUGAAAAGGAAAACCAGAUUUUAGGAAUAACCUUCAGGCAGCGAGAUGCAGAAGUGAGCAGACUUCGUGAUCUUACCAG